GCGAAGGCGUUUUCUUAUUUUCUGGACGCGGCUAAUCGCUGGAUGAUAUGUCUUGUUUUCGGCUAAAUUAUGCGCUAUCGCCGAAUCAUGGUGAUGUGUGACGGUUUCUUGAAUGGAUAUUGCGAUGCAUCGCGGGCGAUGAAGAGGUUCCUUGUUUUCUACUGUGUUCUUCUUCCCUCCGUAUCGGCUCAAGGAAUCGAGACAACAACAACAACCACCACCACAACAACAACAACGACCACGACGACUCCCACCACGACCACCUCCUUUACGCCGCCGCCCAACCAGAUCUUCGUCACCAGCGGCGUCAUCCUGACGCACGACACCGGUGCCUCUAUGACUUCCAGGUGAUGCGGCCGGCGCUGGACGCCGCCUUUGCCAAGGCGCAGUCGCAGUACAGCGUGGUCUUCCGCAACAGAAACUACAUCUACGAUGUCUCGGCCGACAGCUCCUCCAGCCCGGAUCCGGCGUUGCGCCGCACGCAGGGCUGCUGGAUGUGGAAUGCCAGUGGCGAGUCCAUUUUGGCUGUCAAGGACAGCGUGCAGGUGAUCAUCGGGCCGGCCUGCACUAACGACAUGCAGAUCGUCAACGAGCUGACCACCUUCUUCCGCAUCCCCACCGUCACCGCGGCUAACUUGGUGGACAGUACGGCCCAGUACGACCUGCUGACGCGCACCGGCUUCAGCACCUACGACCUGUGGAAUUUUCUCAUCAAGAUGUUCCAGCAGUACGGCUGGAUCAACAUCGCCAUUGUAUACGACAACGACAAUCUCCAGAAUACGGUUCUCGCAACAAGUUUUCAAUCGCGACUAAAAACCUUCCCCGAAAUGCGCUCCAUCGUCAUCUCCUUCAAUGCAACCGCGUUCGAAGAUUUCGAUUCUGUGCCGAAUUACUUGACCCAGGCAACGCAUAAUGCCCGAGUGGUGUUGUUUCUUCUGCCACCGGCCUUGGUCCGCUACUUCCUGGUGUACGCCAAGCGGCAGAAACUGAUGACCGGCGAAUACAUUUACUUCGCCACCGACUUCUUCCUGGACACGCUGCUGACGCCGUCGGGCAGCUGGAAGCAACGCGACGGCUACGAUCACGACGCCCUCGUUGGCUUCUCCUACUUGUUCAUCCUCAGCCUGAAGGAUGUGCGCGGCACGCCGGAAUUCCAGGAAUUCCAAGCACGGAUGAUAGCCUCGGGGAAUCCGCGCACCAACUACUACAUGACGACAUUCUACGACGGGAUCCUCAUGCUGGCGCGCGCCAUUCGCGAGCAGGUGGACGCUAACGGCAACGGCACUUGGGACCCCAAGGCCAUGGUGCUGGACGGGAUGUGGAACCAGACCAUGCACGGGGCUAGUGGACUAGUGUAUAUUAACCCGGGCGGCGACCGCAACCACGAUCUGGAUCUUUACUACAUGACUAACACCAAUUCCGGCACUUUCUCGGUUAUCGCCGAGUACUACGGCCUGGAAGGCCAGUAUCGGCCGCGGCUGGACAUUAUGUGGCGCACGACCGACGGCAGUCCGCCCAUCAAUGAGCCGGUGUGCGGCUACGACGACGACAAGUGCUUCGACACAGAGACCACCGGCAUUGUGGCGGGCAUCCUGGGAACGGCGCUGGUGGUUGGUGGUGGCAUCGCCUUUGUCGUCCUCUACACCAAGGCUAAACGGGCGCAGGCAUUGGCGCAGAAAGAGUGGAUCGCCGAAUGGGACGAGCUGAACGUGGACGCGCCGGCCACCUCCUCGCGGAUGUCCAUGAACAGCUUUGCCUCCGGUACCUCGCAGUCCAAGGCUUCCAUGCAGUCCGACACGUCCAGCACCGGCGCCUCAAAACGCCGGCCGCCGCCCAGCAGCGGCCGGUUAUUUUUUGUCAACUGGCGCGGCCCCGUGAUGGUGGUCAAGUGUGAGCGGCGCAACUACCCCAUUCACAUCAAUAAGCACAUUCUACAAGAGAUCCGCACGGCACGGGCCAUGGUCAACGAUAAUCUGUGGCGUUUCUUGGGCGCCACGCUCGGACCGGAAAACGUGGUGGUCAUCGGGGAGUACUGCUCCAAAGGGACACUACAGGACAUCCUGGUGGAUGAGACGCAGAAGCUGGACUGGAUCUUCCGGUUUUCCUUGUUGAACGACAUCGUCAAGGGCGUCAUCUACAUCCAGAACAGCACGCUGGGCUGUCACGGGAGGCUGUCCUCGCGCGGCUGCUACGUGGACGGGAAGUUUGUGCUGAAGGUGGGCGAGUAUGGACUGCCAACGUUUUACCGCAAGAGCCUGCCCCCGGAGGAGGAGAUGACCAAUCAGGAUUACGCUGCGUUGUACUGGACGGCGCCGGAGUUACUGGGGAAUCCCUACGGACAAGGCACGCCGGAGGGCGACAGCUUCGCCUAUGCGAUCAUCCUGCAGGAGGUUAUUCUCAGGGAGGAGCCGUAUUCCAUGUAUGAUUAUGAACCCUCCGAAAUAAUUUCGAGAGUGCAGAGUUCGGAGCUGCUCUUCCGGCCGAACGUCCAGAACCCGGACUGCCCACUGGGCCUGAUCGCUCUGAUGGAUUUGUGCUGGCAGCAUGAUCCGCUGGAGCGACCCCGCUUUCCGCAGAUCAAGACCAGCAUUCGACAGGCAACACGGGGCGCCAUCGAGAAGCACAAUCUGGUGGAUUUGCUCAUUUCCCAAAUGGAGCAGUACACCGCCGAUCUGGAGAAGAUCGUCGAGGAAAAGACGCAAGAUCUGCAGGAAGAACAGCGCAAGGCCGAUGCCCUUCUCAACCAAAUACUGCCCAGUUCGAUAGCAGUGAAAUUAAAAAAGGGCGAAACUGUGGAGCCGGAAGCGUUCGACAGUGCCACCAUCUUCUUCAGCGACAUUGUCGGUUUCGCCACCAUCACGAUGGAGAGCACGGCCGUUCAAAUUGUCGACUUCCUCAACGAUUUGUAUUCCCUCUUUGAUAAAACCCUCCCUAAAUUCGACGUAUACAAAGUGGAGACCAUCCAUGACUCGUACAUGGUGGCCUCUGGUCUUCCCAAUCGCAACGGCCUGGAGCACUCCAAAGAACAGGCACGUCUGGCACUGACACUAAUGAUGCUGAUCGGAACCUUUCGCAUCCGGCAUCGGCCACUGGAAGUGGCGCGCCUGCGGGUCGGAGUUAAUUCCGGUCCGGUGGUAGCUAGUGUGAUUGGCCUGGCCGUGCCACGCUACUGCUUAUUUGGUGAUACCGUCAAUACCGCUAGCCGCAUGGAGUCCACCGGCGAAGGUCUGCGGAUCCAGAUCAGUACGUCCACUAAGCAACUGCUGGACAACUUCGGCAUGUUCGAGAUGAUCGAGCGCGGCGAAAUCGAGGUGAAGGGCAAGGGCCCGAUGACCACCUACUGGCUAAUCGGCGAGAAGACCGGCUUCAUUGAGAAACAGGCUCAGGAGCUGGCUAAAAUGUCGUGAAUGGCAAUUCAGUUCAACAAGCUGGACUGCGUUACGUUACUAUUAAAGCUACAGCCGCGGCUGGUCUCUUUUUUUGCCCAUACUUUGUGUGAUUGGACAGUGCAACACAUGAUUCUAUGAAUUCACCGUUUUGCCUUUUUCUGUAAAGAGUAUUACACAGAGUACAAUGUUCUGUUAACGGCUGAAAUCUUGGAUGAAUGUUAA